AUGGAGGAUCCUAACCACAGCAUCGCUGACGUCGGUGGCUCUCCUCCUUCUGGUGGACGGGGGAGGCGUAGGCAGAGGAAGAGCGAUGGGGAGGACGAUUAUGACACCGCCGUGCCCGGGGACCUCACCACGCGGGCGAAGAGGCGGCAGACGACAGGCAGUGCUGACGACGCCAAAGGCGCGGAAGUUGGGACAACGCGAGGCGCCAAGGAAGCUAGUGGCAAGGCGGGCGGUCAAGCAUUGCGCCAGAAGGGCCGACCCGCAGCAAGAAAAACAUCCGGCGAAAGGAGAGGCAAGAAAGCAGCGACGGGGACGAGGCCGAAAUGGGGCGAUGAAGACCCUGGUGAUGCGGAGGAGGAGGAGGAGGAGGAGGAGGAGGAGGAGGAUGCGGAGGAAGAGGAGGAUGAAGAGGAUGCGGAGGAGGAUGACGCGGAUGUUGGGGAGGAUGAAAAAGAUGAGAAUGAUGGCGGGGAGGACAAAGAGGAGGAGGAGGAGGAGGAGGAGGAGGAGGAGGAGGACGAGGAGGAGAAGGAGGAGGAGGAGGAGGAGGAGGAGGAGGAGGAGGAGGAGGCAGAGGAUGAGGAGGAGGAGGAGGAGGAGGAGGAGGAGGAGGAGGAGGAGGAGGAGCAGGGUGACGACGAGGAGGAGGAUGAGGAGGAGGAGGAGGAGGAGGAGGAGGAGGCAGAGGAGGAGGAGGAGGAGGAGGAGGAGGAGGAGGAGGAGGAGGAGGAGGAGGAGGAGGAGGAGGAGGAGCAGGAUGUGGCGCCACCCCUCGCGUUACAGGCAUUGGGCCACCCGUAA